ACGUCCUUGGGCACAGCUGUGAGGAAGAUGUGUGUAAUGAAUUGCCACCCGUGUCAGCCCCGCUCCACCUUGCAGGCUAGAGAUUGGUGGAGGUGGGAGUAACGGGAUCUGUGAUUGGUGGGGAUCCUUAGCAGUUUUUCACAUUUUCAGGCGGCUGACUCCUUUGUCUUAAAUCACCGGGGGGGAUUGAUGGGGCGGCAGGCUGUGUUAAUAUGUGUGGUGGUACGCGACGAGCUUAAUCAGGGUUAUCAAGAGGCUCUUUAAGGUCCAGCUCAGUAGACGGUCUAUUUAAAACCUCCUCCUCCCUCUCUUGAAUGAUUCAACAGCAGUAUGCCCCUCCCCCUCCCCCAGCUCCCAUCAAGAUCAGCUGGAGGAAGUGGAGGCUCGGCCAAUGAGAUUACAGUAGCAAAAAAAAAAAAAACACGGGGUGUGCUUGUUUGCAUGCUGUGUGUGCGUGUGUGUGCCUCUCUGCAGCUGAAGGGGAGACAAGCCUGGACAGGCAGCAGCAGAUCAGUAUUUAUGUGUUUGAAAAGAAAAAAAAUGUAGGGCAGCAGCUUGUUCUGCGUCUGUCUGCUUCGUCUCUUCCUACCUUUGCCUCCGCCUUUGUUUCUGCUCAGUGACUACUGACGCCGCAGCUUUACUUCCGUAUUUGUAAAGGCUUGGCUUUCACUGGAACUCAUUCCUUUUCGAUCUGGAUUCACCUCAAGGAUUUACAGAAGGGGCAUGUAACCCCCCCUGAUCUGCAUUCGUCGGUGUGAGAGAGAGUGUGUGUGGGGGUGUGUGUGUGUGUGUGUGUGAGUGAGAGGGUGAGGUGACUAGAAGAUCCAGCAAUGAAUUCCUGUUGGAAAAUGAAGAUUCAGAAUGAAAAGCCUCUAGGUCAUUCAGCUAGCAGAUCCAGCAAUAUAUCAAAGGCGGGGAGCCCGACCUCAGUCAACGCCCCAUGCAGUUUCUCAAGGACGUCCGUUUCCCCGUCCAGCCAGGACAUCUGCAGCAGUCAGGAUCAGGACACUCAGAAACAGACUGCGGUGGUCCUGUUGAACUCCAACGGUAAAACGUCUGAUGGUCUUUCGGUGACCACCGUCUGCGCAGACUCCCCGCACGGCUCCAAGUACGCCAAGCAGAGAGACUGGCUGUCCGUGCUGCGCCCCGCCUCCGUUGGCAUUCGGCCUAAAAACUCUCUCAGGUUUUCUCUGUCUCUGAACGACGUGGGUCAGCGCGUGGACAACCUUUGUCGCGGGCUGCACUUCAUAGAUCGCACAUGCUCGGAGGGAGAGCUGGAUGUGAAGCCCGAGCACGCCCAGUGUCCCGACGGCAAGAUGCUCGGAGACGACCCGGUCGCCACGUCCAAGAGGGAGAGCAGGGAUGCUCCACUUUCAACCCGCACCACCCUCCACCUUGUCCCCUCCCUCACUAACAACCACAAAUACAUGUUGGGCAACCCAUCCGGUCCUCCUUCUCCUCACCCCACCAGUCUCCUUCAGCCUCUUUCCACUCCGGGCUCGAACUUCCUUCGUCUCCUCCUUCCCUUCUCCCGAUCUUCCACCUCCGCUAGCCUGCAGUGCUCUGAGCUGGGAAGCUACGCCUCCCACCUCCACAUCACCAAGUCCUGCAGCACGCUGCUAGAAGGCACAGAGUCAGGCUUCCUCUCACAAGGAGAUGACGGCGUGUUCGAAGUGGAGCACAGUAGAUCACCUUCCAAGGGAGCGAGCCAGACGACGACCCCAGAGAUGCUCAGCGUGUCUGGGACUCUUCUAGCCCCGCUGUGCUAUAUGGACGAGGACUCGGACCUGGAAUGCUGUUCGUCGCCUUUGACGGAGAAAUCAGGGCCACUGUCACAUUAUUCUCUAUCAGGGGACUGCUGCAGGAUUUGUCACUGUGAAGGAGAUGAUGAGAGUCCUCUGAUCACACCGUGCCACUGCACAGGGAGUCUGCGCUUCGUCCACCAGGGCUGUCUGCAGCAGUGGAUCAAGAGCUCAGACACCCGCUGCUGUGAGCUCUGCAAAUAUGAGUUCAUCAUGGAGACGAAGCUCAAGCCACUGCGCAAGUGGGAGAAACUUCAGAUGACGGCGAGCGAGAGAAGGAAGAUCAUGUGCUCGGUCACCUUCCACGUCAUCGCAAUCACCUGCGUGGUUUGGUCGCUCUACGUCCUCAUCGACAGAACGGCAGAGGAAAUUAAAACUGCCCGAAGAAUCCCAGGUAUCCUGGAAUGGCCUUUCUGGACCAAGCUGGUGGUGGUGGCCAUCGGCUUCACGGGCGGAUUGGUUUUUAUGUACGUCCAGUGCAAGGUCUACAUCCAUCUAUGGAAGAGACUCAAGGCCUACAACCGUGUCAUAUACGUGCAGAACCGGCCGGACACGUGUAAAAAGGUGGCGCUGGAGAAGCCCCCGCUCAUGGAGCCGAGCCUGGAGAGCAAGGAGGCACUGGCCCCUACCCAGUCGGACACAAACUCCUCCCAGUACACAGAGACAGAAGAAUAUAGUAUGGAGGUCCUCCACGUCUGACACAGAGUUCAUUUCAUAAGCCCCCCACCCCACCCAUUUGUGCUUGUAGAACCAGGCGGGAGGGAAGAGUAGCGCUCGUCGCUCCCCUUCUUCUGAUGGUAGACCUGACCCGCUGUCCUCUCCCGAUUCCACCUGCACUCUCCGUCCGCACUCUGACCUUUCCUUCCCCGGGACCGGACUGUUUGUCCUGACUUCUAUAAAUGUCACACAAGGCCUGGAGCUCGGCACUCUGCACGCAAUGUUCACGUUCCCCGUCGGAUGAGCAGAUCAGAGACACAAAGACUCCCUGGAAGCUCAUCUUCCAUGUUUUUGGAGUUGGGUUUUUUACCUCCUGUAAGUGUUGGAUCAGUACACCGCCAUACAUCUCUGGAGCGUUCCACAUACUGCCAUCUCUGCUCCGGUUCAAUUCUGACCGGGCCUCGGAAAUGCAUUGAAGCACUUUUUUGUUUUUUGUUUUUCUUGAAGCUCUACAACAACUACUCCCCUC